UCCAGUAAAACCUCCGCCAAAAGGGUGUGCGUUUGCAGGUUGCAUGAAGCUGUAACAUCACGGGGACUCGGUGUCCACUUGUCUCUGCAACCCGAGCCGAGAGUCUGAAUCUGGAGCAGAACGGACACUUGUCAUAAUUCACCACAGAGCUCCUCCGCCCCGCCACAAAAGGUGGUGUCCUCGCGCCGGGUUCACGGUGGAUGCCGCAUUCGCGGAUAUAAAUACCUGUAAAAAGUUUACAUGCAUGAUGGCAAAAAUGCGGUUUGUCAGACGCGUGUCUUCGCCUGAAGGUCAGCAUCGGAGCGCCGCCGCCACUCGGAGGACUUGGUCUCAGUCGGAGGGGGAGAAGGAAGGGGAUGCUUCUCUGCGUUGCCUCUCAGCAUCAACUGUGACACUUUCACCGACUGAGGGGCAUUAACGGACUCUCGACAGAAGCAGGACAACUUGUGAAACUGGUCCGGUGUGACCACAUAGGUGGUCUGUUUCAACAUAGUUCACUGAGGUGGAGAAAUAAAAGAAACUCUUCUGCAUCCCUUUUCGUUUCCUGCUUCCAACAGCAGCGGCCCUGCGUCGGCGUGGCGGUUUACCUGAACGCGACGCUCAUCGGGGAAACAAUGGACCCUUGGUUCGGUUUUAGCCAGCCUAACUGCCCGGAAAAGCUACUUUGUGUUUAGCUCUCUAAUUCAGAAUUGGGAAGUAGAAGACAACUCCCAACUUCCUUCAACUUCGAAGCGCACCUUUCUUUUUUGAUUUACUAGCUAGUUUCUUUAGAAGUUGUGCCGACAUGCCUUCGAGGACAGGAGCAGGUUCCGGUAGGAGUUUGCCGGAGUUCGGGCUGCUCCUGCUGGUGAUAUUUGUAUUACUGGAAGGAUCGCUGCUUCCUCUGGGAGCUGCCAGCUCCACCAGCAAGAGCUGCGAAGAGGCAAAGCAGGGACACACGGAAGGACACAACUUUACCAAAAAGGCUUUUCCCGUCCUCGGCGUGGAUUACGGCCACAUCAAAAACCCGUUUGAAAUCUCACUAUGGGUCCUCCUCGCUUGUUUGAUGAAGUUAGGUUUCCACCUGAUCCCUCGUCUGUCGAGUAUCGUUCCAGAGAGCUGCCUGCUUAUAGUUGUUGGCCUGCUGGUUGGGGGACUCAUCAAACUAGCCAGAGAGGAGGUGCCCCCUGUGCUGGAUUCCAAGUUCUUCUUCCUUUAUCUUUUACCUCCCAUCAUCCUGGAUGCUGGCUACUUCCUCCCCAUCCGCCCCUUCAUGGAAAAUCUUGGAACAAUCCUGAUGUUUGCUGUCAUAGGAACCCUGUGGAACGCCUUCUUCAUCGGAGGCUUGCUGUACGGCAUUUGUCAGAUCUCAAAUUCGGACCUCACCGCCAUAGGAAUUCUGCCUUGCUUGCUGUUUGGCUCCAUCAUCUCGGCUGUAGACCCAGUUGCUGUUCUAGCUGUUUUCGAGGAGAUUCACAUAAAUGAGCUAUUGCACAUCCUGGUGUUUGGCGAGUCACUGCUCAAUGAUGCUGUGACUGUGGUGCUGUACCACCUGUUUGAGGAGUUUUCAGUUGAUGGCUCAGUGACUGUGCUGGACGGAAUUCUAGGAGUCAUCUCAUUCCUUGUAGUUGCAUUGGGUGGAGUUCUUUUCGGAGCGAUGUACGGUUUCCUGGCUGCCCUCACCUCUCGCUUCACCUCCCACACGCGCGUCAUCGAGCCGCUGUUUGCCUUUCUGUACAGCUACAUGGCCUACCUAUCAGCCGAGGUGUUCCACUUAUCUGGCAUCAUGGCGUUGAUAGCAUGCGGAGCGGUGAUGCGACCAUACAUAGAGGCCAACAUAUCCCACAAGUCCCACACCACCAUCAAGUACUUCCUGAAAAUGUUGAGCAGCGUUAGUGAGACGCUGAUCUUCAUCUUCCUUGGUGUGGCCACAGUAGAUGGACGCCACUCCUGGAACUGGAUCUUUGUCACAAUGAGCGUCGUCCUGUGUCUGGUUGCUCGAGUCAUAGGUGUGGUCGGUCUCACCUUCAUCAUCAACAAGUUCCGCAUAGUCAAGCUGACCACCAAGGACCAGUUCAUCAUCGCCUAUGGUGGCCUGCGUGGGGCCAUUGCCUUUUCCCUCGGUUUCCUGUUGAAAGAGGAUCACUUCCACAUGAGAGACAUGUUCUUGACUGCCAUCAUCACCGUGAUUUUCUUCACUGUCUUUGUUCAGGGCAUGACCAUCAAACCCCUGGUGGAGCUGCUGGCUGUGAAGAAGAAACAAGAGGCCAAGCGCUCGAUUAAUGAGGAGAUCCACACACAGUUCUUGGACCACUUACUGACUGGAAUUGAGGACAUCUGUGGACACUAUGGUCAUCACCACUGGAAGGACAAGCUGAACCGAUUCAACAAGAAGUAUGUGAAGAAGUUCCUUAUAGUGAGCGAACGCUCUAAGGAGCCACAGCUGAUCGCCUUCUACCACAAGAUGGAGAUGAAACAAGCCAUUCAGCUGGUGGAAAGUGGGGGUGGGUCCAAACUGCCCUCUGCGGUCCCUUCCACUGUCUCCAUGCAGAACAUUCAGCCCAAGAACCCUCCAGCUACUACUAAACCUGCAGAGAGAGUUCUUCCACAGCUGUCCAAAGGCAGAGAAGAGGAGAUCCGGAAAAUCCUCAGGAGCAACCUUCAGAGGACACGGCAGAGGUUGCACUCCUACAACAGACACACUCUGGUGGCUGAUCCCUACGAGGACGGAUUUAGCGACUUAAUCCUGAAAAAGCAGAGGAUGAUGGCAAUCGACAAGAAGAUUAAAGAGAUGACGAACUACCUGACUGUUCCCGCUGCUGCCCCGGACUCCCCGACCAUGGUUAGAGCCAGACUGGCUUCAGGCAGAAAUACAGAUUUCAUACCUGCUCAGCAGCAAAAAGGAAACAAAAUGCCUUCAGAUCCACAAUCUUACAACAUGAAGCCAGUGUCAGGCGGCGUGCCGACGAUCCAGGUGGACCUGGCGUCCCCGCAGUCCCCAGACUCUGUGAGGCUGCUGGAUGAGCUGGGAGAGGCUGACGGGAAGGAACAAGAGGAGGACCAGGGCCUGACGAUGAAGCUUCCUGGUGGGUCAAGCAGACCAAACAAACCUGGUGAAACGGAGAACACGAGGGAGCAGCAAAAGCUGACGCGGUGUCUGAGCGAUCCCGGUCCCAGUGCGGACGAAGACGAGGACGAACCCUUCCUGCCCUGAGAUCCAGAACUGUGAGGUCGAGCUGCAUGGCUGCCUUCACUCAGAGGAGUUACAAAACAAUUACAAAGCCAAAACGGCGAAUGCUGUAAUAACCAGAAAGUCUAUGUUUAAGCAGGAGCCCGCGGGGUAAAGAGCCAUUUCUUAGUUGUUGUCAUCACUGUUGAUUUUAUUAGACAGUAAUGGAGCGCUGCUGCUCUGAGAUGCAGGAAAGAACUAUGCAGUACCAAAGAUCUGGACUGUUUUUCUUUAGUGUCUGUUUUUAGUCUUUAAACCACUGAGACACGCAGGGCCUCAAAUCAAACAGAAUCUUUGGUUCGCUUUAAAACACGACGCGUUACUUUUGCCUUUGAUCGUUUUAGUUCAGAUGUAGCUGUUUAGAAACAAAAUUGGCCUUAUAUCAUGUCAGGUCAUCACGCUCAGUGCUUUUAUUACUUUUGUCAUUUUAAUUUGACAAACAUUAGUUGUUUAUAUGUCUGGGUGUUGGUUUAAAGUUGAAAUGGUGUUUAAUGAAUUUUUGCAAACCGGAGAUUUGUGGUUAAAAUGACAGAAGCUGUGGUCCGCAGGAGCUGCUGAGCUAAAGGAACUCCUCUGUGUUGUCGGGGAGGUUUAGCCGUUCGAUUCUAUUCAAAUUUCAGCCAUUUUAAGUGUUUUUCUGUGUAAAAGUUGUAAACAAUGAUUCUCGCCUGCUGUGAGCAGCCUCAGUUUGGAGAAAUGGAGUUUAAAUUCUACAGGACAGAACACGUGCAAGACGUGCAUAGCUGCCACCUUAAAUGAACUAGUUUCUUAAACGUCAGUGUUUUAUUAUUAUAUUAUUUUAAUCAAAUGUCUUUAGGUGCUUUUUUAAAAUCGUCUCUGAACAUAAAUUUUAUUUUAAAAAAAUUAACGAUUAUGCCAACGUCAUUGAAUAAAUCUGUUCAUCUUUGUCAAUUUUCUGUUUGCGUUAAUUCAACAGAAGUAUUGAAAAUCAGCUGAUUUCACCUCAAGAUGCACCAAAAAGUGGCGGUUUUUACUUCAGCAAAUAACCAAUAAAUUACCUUGAUAAAAGCUUUUACCGUGGAAUUGAUUAUCUGAAUGUUAUUAUUUUUAAUAUUACAAACCGCUAUGAAAGUUUGGAGAUCUUCGCUGUUUUAAGACGACAGAAUCCAUUUAGAUUUUUUAGCUCUAGACUCCUGUUGGAUGGAAACUCAGUUUAUCCAGAAAAACAGUUGUUCACAAAGCUUUUGAAAUAAUAAUUAGGUUGAACUUUGACACAAAAAACACUUAAAAAUGGCUAAAAUAUCCUUUUAAAAGCGCGGUGUGGCUGAAUGUUGGAAAUGCUUUUUUGCACAGAUGUUCAGAUCCGCCGUCACACCCGCUCUCCUAACCAAAUGACUUUUAUUUAUAGGAGUUUUAUAUUUUACGUUAGUGCCCGUUACGGUUCUUAAGGUAGACUUUUUUUUCUUAUUUCUUUAUUGAGUUACUGAAUGCUCAUCUGCUGUCACUUUCUCAUGCCACAUAUCAAUAUCCUGAUUUGCACGGGCGUCUUUUUCUGCACUCCACAUUCUUAGCAUCACACUGUCGGCCAGUAGUGGCAAAAAUUAUAUGGAAGUGUGUAAUUCUAUGCAGUUUAGUUGUAUUAAAUAAAUUAAAUACCCUUUAACGGUCAUUUUACUCUUAAUUGUACAAAUGACUGCUAAACGCAAAGUCAGCUAUCCGACUCGGGCAUUAAAAUGACUCGUUAAGACAUUUGCACAGCUUUGUGACUAACAACGGUAACUAAUCCUGAAUGUUUAACAUGAUCAUAAAUGUUUACCUGUGCAGAAACAGCUAGAUGAAGCUAACCGCUCACAUUUCCACGUCGUUUACUAAAGUUUGAUAGAUGAAUGAGAGUUUACAACUUUGUAAUGUUGUCGUUUAGCUUAUUUGGCAAUCCUAAAAGGUAAGAACGUGUUUGUUUUUUUAGCUUGUCUCAUCACAUUUUUAAUGUAAGUUACUUUUAUUUAGUUUGUAAGACCACUAAAUAAGUCCAGAUAAAAAUUUGCACCUUAAAAUUUUUUCUGUCUGGGGAGAGGAACCUUCAGCAGAAGUCACGUUUUAGCAUUUGGGUUCUUUUUUCUCCUAGCUGCUCUCGCCGUUCCUGAUUCUUUUACACCCUAGAGUUCAGAUUACAACAAAAAAGGACGAACACCGGAGAGAAUUGGUGUACUUCCACUCAGUCUGAUUAUAUUUAAGUAGCUGGUUGCUAUUAGGGCUGGGCGAUACAUCAAAAAUUUAUCGUAAUUGAAAAUUCUGACACAUCAUUUUUCCCAUGCCAAUACAAUUAGUAUUUAAAAAAAGAAAAUGUGUGUAAAGUUAAUGUCCCAACAGCCCCAUCUAGUGGAUAACUUUUGUUAUCGUUAUCAAGGUGAACUCUAUAUACUGUGAUAUUUAGGCCACAUGCCCAGCCCUAGUUGCUAUGGUUACCAUAGUGAGAUCGGGGAUUAGUCUUGUAGCUGUAUGUUUGUUUAUAUUGUUUUAAAUUAUUUCCCUUUAAUCUUACCUUAUUAUAAUCCAGGGAAAACACUGAAUUCAGUUGGAAAUGCCACUUUGUUGGGAUUAUUUAUUGAUUGUAAAUCCACACAUGUUUAGUUUAUUUAUCUGUGACUUUUUUUUUUCAUCAAACAGGAACUAAUCAUUUUCUUUUUAAUGUUUGUCUGAAGAUUUAUGAGAAGGAACCAAAAGUUUAGGGAUUAAAUUACAGAGACGACCAUUACUUCACAUUAUUCCAAAGACUUUAGAUUAUAUUAAGAAAGAAUCACUAUUUUCAUAUUCUUUUCUUUUUCAUACCAAAUACAUUUGGGCAAACAUUCUCUGACGUGUUUAAGAGAAAUGUUUGGUGCAAAAUAAUAAUGUAAAUAUUCUAAUGUUCUGAAGCCAUAUAGCCUUUAGAGAAGAACCGGUUUAUUAUAAUUGUCGCAUCUGUCUCGUUGCUUGAAAUCAAAUCAACAGUUAAAUUGUCUGAAAUUUUCCAGAUGGAAGCAUAAACAAACUGGAUGUUUCUGGAGGUCUUUGUGAUUGUUUCAGAACGUAGCCGUCUUUUUCACUGAUGCCUCUUGUUUUUGCUUCUUCUAUAAUCAUGUGCUUUAAAUGUUCGGGUGCUCCAUUGUAACAACAGCUGUCGCUUUAUACCGAAUGUCUUUGCUUUUAUGUUGGCGUGUGCAUUAAACCAUCGCUGUGUUUACUUCAACAGAGGAGCUGAAGUUUUGCCUCCAAUCAAAGAAACCGGCAGGAUUCAUGGAAACGGUCAAGAAUGAAUUAAAUAUUUGUGUUCAGUUGAACUGAUCACCAGUUAUUUGUUUCUAUACAUUUUUCAUUUGGUUCUCUUGGAUUUUGUGUAAGUUGAUUCUUAAAUUUUUAUUUAAUCCUUUCAUGCAUGAAUUAUGAAAUUUUAAAUCAGGAUAAUUUUUUGUAUAAUUUAUCUUUAGGUAUGAAUGAAACACAUUUCCACCAAAAAUAUUUUACUUUUAAUUUUCUAAGAAUUUAUUAAAUGCCCGGGGGGGGGGGGAUUUCAGCAGCAACUUAGCUAAAACAUCCUAUAAAUAUUCUAAACUGAUGCACUUUGUACACUGUAAAAAACAGUCUUCAGUUUACUUAACCAGGUUAUGUCAACUGGUUCCACGGUUCAUUAUAAUUGUCGCAUCUGUCUCGUUGCUUGAAAUCAAAUCAACAGUUAAAUUGUCUGAAACUGGAUGUUUCUGGAGGUUUUUGUGAUUGUUUCAGAACGUAGCCGUCUUUUUCACUGAUGCCUCUUGUUUUUGCUUCUUCUAUAAUCACGUGCUUUAAAUGUUCGGGUGCUUCAUUGUAACAACAGCUGUUGCUUUAUACCGAAUGUCACGUCACCCCUCUGUUCAUUGAGCUCCACUGGCUACCGCUAGCAGCACGCAUCAAAUUCAAAUUGCUAACACUAGCAUACAAAGUCCGAGAUGGUACGGCUCCCAUCUACCUGAAUCCUCUUGCAAAGGCUUACGUCUCGGCCCGGCCGCUCCGGUCAUCGCAGGAUCGUCGGCUAGCAGUGCCUACACCACGCUCAGGACAAUCCAGACUCUUCUCAUGCAUCGUUCCACAAAUGUGGAAUGACCUACCAAGCACUACCAGAACUAGUAGUAGUGAUGUUUAUUUGACAUGGACACAGCAAUUACAUUGGACGAACCAGAUGCAUUGUUUAGUGUGUUAGCACACGUGCUAAUUUGCAACACUUGUCCUAAGUGCGGCUUCCUUUUCAAUUUUCAAGAAACUCCUGAAGACCCUGCUCUUCAGAGAGCAUCUUCUUAACCAGCACCCCUCCCUGCACCCGCCCCCCUCUCUACUGUCCACUCAUUGUUCCCUCCUCUCCAUGAUUGAUGUUAAGUUGUUAUUGUUGUUAGCUUCAAGGACAACAUGCCGAUUAUCACUUGUAAGUCGCUUUGGACAAAAGCGUCUGCUAAAUACAUAAAAUAGUUGCUUCAUGUAAAGAGUCGUGUUUCCAUUGUCGGAACUUCACGGUCAAUUCUGGGAAAUUGAGUGGGCGAUGCAAUGUCCUGGUCCUCUCAGCUGUUGUUCAAAUUCAGCUUCAGCCCUUUCAGAACUUUGCACAGACGUCAGCAUACCACCAAUGCUUCACCAGUGAGUGAUGUCACUGAUCAGCGCCAAAAAACAGUUACAUUAAUAAUAUUAAGUCUUAUUCUGUUGAAGUAUAUCAUAAUUUAAUCCAUUGCAGGACGAGAGUAGCAUAAAAUGGGGCGUUCAUUGACUAGAAGAAGCAAAUUUUUUAUGGCACUCAGUGAGACAACAAAGCCCCGUGAAUUACGCUGUUGCGGGGGAAUUUCUGGUGAUCGUGCUUAUUUUCUUUUGCUUCCAUUUCUGCUUCACAAGCAACUCUUCUAACAGUUGUUUUGAACGGUAUCUGCUGAAACCACUUCCUACUGAGUUACAACCAAUCAGGGUGAGUUAACCAAAAGCUCCGCUCGGCUACUCCACCAGGCCUUUCCGAGUACCUACCCCUGCUCAGAAAGUUCUGGAAAACAGCCGUUCAGCCCGCCCGGUCAAGGGGAGACACGCACGUCGGGAAGUUCUUGUAAAUUUACCUCAGAGUUCCAAUAACACAACAUAGAACAGUGAUAUUACUCUUUUAUAUACACGAUUUAGUGGGACCAGUUGACAUAACUCAGUUAGGUAAACUGAACAUUUAAUUUCUUACAGGGUAGCUAAGUUGUACGUGGGUUAAAAUGAGCUAGGUCUAAUUUGAUGAUAGCAGUUUAAUAAUAAAGUGGUGGUUCAGGUGGUGAGGGAUCAUCCUACCGGUUGUGAACUGGCUCUUUGAACCGACUCAGUUUAGGGAAACCGAAAUUAGUUCUGACCAGACUGAUAGGCUAACAGCUAGUCAAAAGCAGGCCAGUCAUGUAACUGACCUCACUGUGACUCUUAGCGUAUAGAUCUGAGCAGAGAUCAUCUCUUUCUCCAAACUGAGGUCUUGCAUAGAGCUAAGACAUGAAUUUCUCCUGAUUUUCCUAACCACCCGCCUGAAAUCACCUGAACCGUCCCGUUUAGUAGCCCCAUGAGUGCGUUCACACCAUGACUCAGCUUAAUAACCCCUGCUGUUGUUAAUCCACCAUGACACGUCUGUCUUUCUCCCGGGUCUAAUUCCAUUUUCCUGAUUCGACUCCCACAGCGUGCACUUUACUAAAGCAGAACCUUUAUUCUGGAACUCCGGUGGAACAGAGAGCAAUAAAAAGGCUUUAUGUUAGAGUUCACGGGUCAUUUAGGAUCAGCCUCAUCGUAGGACGAGUUCUGGAAGACGAAGCGGAGUGGAGAUUUCCCCCUUUUUACUCAUCCUGCCUCAUUUUAUCUUUGCCAUUCAAAUCGAUGGUUUGCAGUUUCUGAAUUGUAAUUUCGCAAAUUGUGAAAUAUUUUUUUACCUUCUAUUCACAAACAUAUAUACUGUACAUAAAGAUGGAAACUUUAACGCCAUGUUCAAAUCUGAAAAUAUUAAGUGUGCGCUACCAGUGUGCACGUCGUCAGCUUUCAUCACUUCAGUGUAAUGAUCAGUCUAACUAACAACUAUGCUGUAAAGUCUGUCAGAAAAUAAACAUUAAAUUCUCAUUUCAAACAUG